GGUGGAGUGGAGUGGACUAUGAAUGGAUUUUUGUUCGCUAUUAAAUAUUGUUUACUUGCUUACUUUCACCAAUAUUAAAUAUAAUUUGCGUAAAAGAAUGUUACAAAAAUAUGUAAAGUUAAACUUGUCAUCAUUUUAUAUCAAAGUUCAAUGUCUUUAAAACAAUGCUGAGUCAAAAUGUUCAAAACUGCUGCUGGAAGAGAAAGUGUCUCAAAUAAAUAACGGGUCGAUAUGAAUAUGUCCGUCUCCGAUUUAUCUGUGGGAUGUCGUUUUGCUGAUUAUUUUGCGAUAUGUGGACUAGACUUUGACUCCGGAUUGGAACCAGACAGACUUUGUGGUGAUAAUUUACAUAUAUCUCCUUUAGAUCGCUCCUAUAAGGGAAAAGUCUUGGCUCACUAUCCAGAUAAUGUAAACAGUAAUCCUUUUGAUGAGCAUGCAGUAUGUAUGCUGUGUUUACCUGCUGGCUUACAGUUUAGAACCCAAAAACAUUCUUUAGAACCAAAGUUUCAUAGCUUUGUUGUAACUCGUGAAAAUGCAUCCCGUUACUAUGGAUUCAGUCUCAUAUUCUAUGAAGAAGUUAGGAACCGAAAUAUUUGCAGUGCCAUGCAUACAUUGCAGGCAAUGUACAUCACAGAGUUGUCAAGUGGUCAAACUCCACCUGGCAACAGAAAGAGCUCUGGAAAAGAAAGUUCCAGAUCUUUGCCACGAUCAUUUAAACUUGCACCGCAUACUGGAGCUGCACUUACCUAUUAUGACAUAACCAAAGAUAAACUUUAUGUUGCUAAAAGCAUUGCUCUUAUAUGUCAAUAUCCCUAUGUUAGGGUAGCACAAUUGUUUUUAGAGAAUUUGUUCAGGUCAUUGCCAAGACAACCUGGGCCAGGACUUAGUCCUGAGUCUUAUGUUUACAACUUAUUGUAUGAAGUGCCUGUCCCUAUCGCAGGACAGGCCUUGCGCUUGUAUGUACCGCCUUCUGAACCUCAUCUAGAUCCAAUCCCAGUUGUGAUAAGAAUGCCAAAUCCUCCAGAGGAGUUACCACUUCUUGAUUAUCCAUUGCGUGUUAUGUUCUCUACUUUAGGUGUUGAAUGUGUUGUGCAGCUGUUUACAUGUGUACUGCUAGAGCAUCAAGUGUUACUUAGGUCUAGUGAUUAUAACAAGCUGAUGCUUGUAUCUGAGUGUAUAGUUUCACUUCUGCUUCCAUUCUCGUGGGCACACGUCUAUGUGCCGAUUCUCCCAGCGCCUUUAUAUCAUUUUCUUGAUGCACCAGUUCCUUUCGUAAUGGGUCUUCAUGCGGAUAGCGUUGCUAUAAGUAUAGGUCCCAACGGCCCACGGAGUUUUGCUGUUGGCUCAGAAGCAGCUCUUUGUUUAGUGGAUAUAGACAAACCUGACAUACAACUGCCAGAAGAAAUGCCAAUAUUCCCACACAGGACACCUUUCAUAGAAGAACUCAAUCAUGUCUUAGAUAAACAUCAGAUACAGAGACCCGAAACUGAAUCAAGUAAACUCGGUGUGCCAAUCAAUGGAACAUACAAACAUAUGAAUGAUGGGAUGAGUAGUAGCUGUACAUUGCCAUCGGGAGGUUUACGUCGUAAGCACUCCUUCCAUGACGUGUUGGAAUGGGACGAGAGUCGGCCACUGAACGCCUCCCCGCCCAGCUCUCCCGCGCCCGGCUCUCCCACACGCCGCGCGCCCAGACGUAUGGACGCCCUACAACGCAUCGUUGAUAUUGUUAAACGCACAGGUGUGAAUAUAGAUGACGUGGAUGCGGAUACGGUGAUGCCGACGACAAAGAAGAAGAUCCUUAAUGAUGAAGACCAGUACAACGAGGAUGUCCGCUUCAACAUGGCAAUUAGAGAGACAUUCCUAAACCGAUUCGUACAUAUGUUCCUAAUGUACGAGAACUUUGUCAUCAUGCCGGAUCAGGAUCGAGACUCGUGGCUGACUGCGCGGGAAUCGAUGGUGAAUUUCGACAAAGCAUCGUUCCUCUCGGACCAACCUCAGCGACACCGGCCCUUCCUCUCGAGAUUCCUCGAGACGCAGAUGUUCGCGACGCUCAUAGACAACAAGAUCAUGGCCAACUGGGGUGACUAUGACGUCAACUUGCAAGUCUUCGAGCACCGCAUCAAGGUCGUCAGACGUCGGCUGGGCGAGGGGGGGCUGGCGACGCGCGGGUACAGCGUGUGGGCGGGGCUGGGCGGCGCGGGGGCGGGGUGCGGCGUGGGCGUGGGCGCGGAGCUGGAGGUGGGCGCGCCCGGCGAGCGCCUGCCGCACCGCGCCGCCUACUACCGCGCCUUCCCCGCGCGCCUCGAUGCCGCCGCGCUCGCCCCGCCCCCCGCCAACGACCGCAGAACGAACAGUUUGAAGCGUAUCAAGAAUGCGAAGUGGCAAGUGAAAGAUUGUCCGCCGGAAAUGCUGCUGGGUGACAUCGGCAGACGUCUCUCCACUGAAGUCACACCUGCCGCCAUCGCGCAGAACAAUAGAACCUUCGUUGAAAAACUACUUAAGGAAUGUAAGAGCAAAACAAAGCGUAUGCUCGUUGAAAAAAUGGGUACAGAAGAGUCGGAUUUGGGUCUCGGAAGCGAAGUGUCCGUGACCGGUGUCGAAGAGAAUACUAUGAUCGCUUCCCUCUGCGACUUGUUGGAGCGGCUCUGGUCGCAUGGGCUGCAACACAAGAUGGGCAAAUCCGCGCUCUGGAUGCACCUCACCAACUAUCAAGAGUUAGAGCAAUGCAGCAACUCAACUAAACCUAUCGAUCCCAAUUAUCUCACUCCAGCCUUAGCUUGGUGUGUUUUGAGGAAACGAUUGGAUUACUUAUCCGCGGUGGGUGCGGAGGUUGAGGCGCACCAGGCGAGCAGCAGCGGGACUCGUUCCCGGGACAGCUCCCGCGGCGGCUCCCGGGACAGCUCCAGGGAUCGUCUCAGCAAUUCCGGGACAUUGGAGAGGAAGUCCAACCAACCUUCGAACCCGAUGCGUCCGCUCCCCGAAAGCUUGACUUUUGAUAUGCGGAAUGUACAAGCAAUGACAGAUAUAAAGACAGAGAUAGGUUACGCUAGAGCAUGGGUACGUCUGUCCUUGGAAAAGAAGCUGCUAUCGAAGCACUUGCGGGAACUGCUCGCUGACACAACACUGCUGCGCUCUCAAUACAAGAGGACGGCGUUCCUGCGCUGUGAGGAAGAAAGGGAACAAUUCCUCUAUCAUUUGUUGACUUUAAAUGCGGUGGAUUACUAUUGUUUCACCAACACUUAUCCGACAACUAAAUUGCCAUAUCGCGUGUUGAUAGCGCCGUCUCGUAAGGCAAGUCAGACGACCGCCAACUGCUGGCUCUCUAUAUCCGGAGCCAAUGGAGAGUCAACUCCCAAGAUACCGAUACCUCGCAACACUAACGAGUUUGUUUUCCACCAUAAAAAUCUAGGUAUUCUUUCAACUUUACGUAUCGGACACGACAACAGCGGCUUGUCACCGCGUUGGCUGCUGGAUCAAGUGUUUGUUCGGAACGAGGUCACUGGACACACCUACACGUUCCCAUGUAACCGUUGGCUGGGCACUGGAGUAGACGACGGGUCUACUGAGCGGCUGGUGGUGGCCGCGCGGAUCAGGGGGGAGCGCUCGCCCCGCACCCCCGCACCCCUCGCCGCCGCCCUCUCCCCCACCACCACACACCUCUCCACCUCCACCAUACAGCAUAUGAUCGGUGACUGCGUGAACGCAAUAGUGAAGUGGCACUACCAGAGCAAGCGCGACAAGGACGCGAACUCGCUGAGCGUGCUGCUGUGUGGAGACAACGGCCUCGUCAAGUGUCUCGAGCAGGCCUUCCUCUGCGGCUUCAAGUCCGCCAGACUCUUCGGCAAGAAUCUCUUCAUCUGGGACUACUUUGCUCGAGUGCGGGACGAGUUCAAGCUGAGCUUGUCCGAGGAGGGUGGUGGUGGAGGUGGUGGUGGUGGUGGUGGUGGGGGUGCGUGCGGCGUGUACAGCUGCCGGCAGGACGCCGAGCACCGCGCCAUCUGGCGCUGCUACUGCCACCUGGCAGACGAGGUGGGCGCUGUCGGCCGCGCACUCGGCAAGGACGGCAAGUUCCAGCUCUUCAUCUGCCUCAGUCUACGCGAGCACUGGCUGCACAGAAUGCUAGUUCCGAUGUCUUUGACGCGUGUCACAACUGAAAUGUACGAAGAGCAAAGCUUUCUGCGGAAACGAGGUCUCUUAACUUUCCUCAGACAAAUUCUCGAACCUCUGGACGAGUUCGAUAUCGUUCUGGAAAAUUCACUUACUCAAGGCAUUUAAUCACCUUUUGUUUUCUUUUCAUGUGAAAUUCAUAGAGAAUAGAAUAAUUUCAAUGGACGUUUGUCAAACUAUGACAAGGAAUUUCGUAAAAUACUCUCUUUUA